AUGACACCUGAGGAAAUCGCUUUUGAAGAAGCUACCAAAGCAUCUAUCACAUUGGAUCAACGACUGAAUCUGGGUACUUUCAUUCUUGCAACCGCUACUGACACUUUCUUAUGCGGGGUGAUGAUCAUUCAAUCCAUCGAAUAUUGGACGUAUUCAAAAGAUGAUAGGAAGUUCAACAAAGCUAGCGUGGUGAGUAGGAACGAGUGA